AUGAAAAACAUCAAGGUCGUUGACGGGAGAGAGGAGGGUCUUGGAGAGGACCUUGAAGCAUUAAAGAAGUUUCUGAUGGAAACGGGCCAAGGAAAACACGUUCUGGUGGAUGAAGUCCCGAUCACGCUGGGAUUCCGAGGGAUCAUCACGUCGGAGGCGCUUUCCAAGCACUGGGAGUGGGUCGUGGGGUCGACCCCUUGCCUGAAGUCGAUCACCCUCUCCUUCCGACCGAACGACCAGUCCUACGAGAGGGACUUUCCCAUCCAGGAUGUGAACCCUGGAGGUCGGGAGGUGAGGGUUCUGGAGGGCGUGAAGCGAAACACCAGAAAAGUGGCCGAGCUGUUCCUAGCCAUCGGGGAUUACGCCCGCAGGAUCUUCCCGUCUCUCGAGAGGACCCUUCCAUUGAACUUAAAAGAGGCUGGGGAGGGAUUUAAAAGAGGAUUCCUCCCAGUUCUCUUUUCCAUUCCCUCUUGUUUCUCCAUUCAUCCGGGCGAAUGCAGGGACGCGAGGACCUGCGAGGCCGUGAGGGCCUUGCACGCGAUUCGCAUCGUAUACGAGGAACGCUCCGAGCCAUCAACUCCUAUUUUCGUCGUGGUUGAUAACGUAGAAAGAAAGAACGCCAUCGUGAGAGUAACAGCCUCGAUCUUCCCGUCCCUUCCCUUAAUCUUCCUCCUCUACAGCCAGAGACACCACGCCUGGAAAUUCCACGGACAUGGCGCCUCAGAGGGCUCGUCCCCCAUCGUCGUCGCCACCGAAAGCGAAAUGACCGGAUGCCACCCGAAUAACCUGACGAUCGUGGUCGAUCACUCCGGGUCCCAAUGGCACAACUACAGUCGACUGAUAGCAACGACCGGUGAAAACAAGGUUCUCGUGGUCGAAGAGGAACAGUUGAGAACAGGGAAGUUUUCCCACGUCACAAAGCAAAUCCCAGGUUGGACGAUCAAAGAGAGAGGCGUAGAUGAAGACCUGAAAUCAAGGCUGAACGAAGCCCGGUCGAAGUGCGACGCGCAAAGAAUCGCCAAUUUGAAAGAAGAGGAUUUCCCUCUUGCAUCUUUCCCCGGAAUGGAAACAGAUUGGAACGGGGUGGAGGGAGAGGAGAAACGCGACGUGGAAAUAAUGCUGAGAUCUUCCAUCUGUGGGAUAUUCGGUCCCCCAGCCUCUGGAAAAUCCCUGAGAGUGAGCCUGUUCAUCGCCCGAGCGACCGAGCGGGGGGAGAGAGUCGUCUUUCUCCACCCUGGGUACGUGUUGUUCCUGGAACACCGACGGCAUUUGGUGAAGAAGGACGAGGUGGACCUGUAUGAAAGCUUCGAUUCCAACAAGGUCAAGAGUUUCCAGGACGUCGUUGACCUAGUACAGGAGGCUCUGAAGGAAAAGGAGGGAAAGGGAAAGAAUAAGAAGACGAAGAAGAAGCAGGGAAAAGAGAAAGGCAGAGAAACGAGUCCCCUAAACGUCGUCGUCGAAGACUGUCCAUUGCUGGAGGAACUUAGCGAUACCAAAAGACUGAAAGAGCUGACGAAACGGCUGAUACUCACCUUCAAACCUCAUUCCGAAGACGCCUCUGGGAAAGCAGUCGGGAGGAUCAUAAAAAACUUUCGAGAGAGCCCAGACUGCACCGCGAUCGUACUCGAGUCUCAGCCCACCAACGUGCAUCUCCUUGAGCACAUCCAGAAAUACGAGACCGGAAAAGCGCUGAAGUUGGCAGCAAAGAGUCUGUCAGUUUACACCGUGCCCGCCGCCAUCGUAUACGGCUCACCCGUUGAGUACAUCGACUUGAACCAUUACAAGUGUUCGGGGCGACAUUUGGGAUACCUCUGCAGUGGAGACAAGCCAUGCAGCACAUUCAAGGCAGUCGCAUCCUGCGUCGCUCGGGUCGCUCGGGCUGCUCUCGCAGCGACGACAGACCACCAACACGGGGAACCCUCCAUCCGGGAUGUCCCACCAUCAGCCACACAGGAACCCUCCAUCCGGGAUGUCCGACCAUCAGCCACACAGGAACCCUCCAUCCGGGAUGUCCGACCAUCAGCCACACAGGAACCCUCCAUCCGGGAUGUCCGACCAUCAACCACACGGGAACACUCCAUCCGGGAUGUCCAUCUGCAGGCGAAAAACCAGGAGCCCUACGUCCUGGUGUCAGACGAACACCUACUAAAUUCACUGCAAUCCCUGAAAUCCUUCUUCGACGUUCAAGUGAUCCACUCAAGGGACUUCCGCGGAUGCGAAGCCUCCGUCAUCAUCUCCGUGAACGUGAACGACGACUGGCUUCUCGAAGUGAUUUCCCGCUCCAGAACUCGACUCAUCAUCAUCGACCACUUCCCCGACCACGAAGACCUCUGGACGACCAUGGUCGACGAGCAACGUGUGGAGACCUGGCUUGCCCCCUCUUCGGAGGACGGUGCAGCUAACCCAGAAUUCUUCCUGACGCUAAAUGAGCAGGCACAAUUUUUGAAAGAACCGACCUGGAACGACACCGGGGUCAGAAUCGGGGAGAAGGCGCUGGAAGAGGGCUUCCUCGACCGGGAGACCGGCGCGGUGCUCCCUCUCGACCGGGAGACAUGGAAAGUCCUCGAUGGACCUUUGCCUCUGCCCCGGUCAUCUUCUCCCCUCGCCGAUUGGGGAUACUCUUGGGAUGGAUACCCGGGAGAAGCGCCUGCAGUCAGCAGCGAAAGGAACAAGGGAAUUACCGACUUCCUGAAGGAGAGGGGUGUCGAAUGGGAGCCGGCGCAGAGCCCCCCAGUGGCCCUCGAGGUUCGAAGCGGCGGCGGGGGAGGCGUCCUGGAUUCCCUUUCCCUCGCUGUCGCGGGAUCGCUCUUGCAUCUUCCUCUCCUCGCGGUGCUUCUAGAGAAGGAAAAUCAGGGGGAUCCUCUUCCCCUAAUCAAACGUGGAGCAGAACUCCUUGGAAGACCAAUUGUCGUCAUUGGAAAAAAAUUAUCAGGAACCUUCCUCCCUGAAGGAGAUGAGACAAAUGACCUCGAAGGCUUGCUGCUCUUCGCUCAGAACGACUCUGAGCGCAUCUCCUUCCUCCCUGUUGUCCCUCGUCGAAGAAGUGGAGAUUCAUGGAUGAAAGUGGAGAAUCUCCCUCGAGUGCGCCUGGGAGGCUCGCUUCCCCCGUCAGGUGCGAGGAUUUCUUUCCGAGGGAAGUUGAAAGUGACCUGGAACAGGCACACAGCGAUCAUUUUGAGGUCGUUGGACAGGAAGCUGGCGAAACUGCCGCCCCUCAGUCCAGAUAUAUCCUAUUUAUCCCCAGGAAGUGGAGAUACAUGGAUGAAAGUGGAGAAGCUCCCUCGGGCGUGCCUAGGAGGCUCGCUUCCCCCGUCAGGUGCGAGGAUUUCUUUCCGAGGGAAGUUGAAAGUGACCUGGAACAGGCACACAGCGAUCAUUUUGAGGUCGUUGGACAGGAAGCUGGCGAAACUGCCGCCCCUCGGUCCAGAGGUGCUUCAGCCAGAGCAGAGACCCCAAUUAACCGGGUCCAUUGACAAACUUGGACGGAGAGAAAGACUCCGAUUCCUCAGGGGCGUUUAA